UGAUUAAUUCAUCUUCUACUACUACUUAAAGUCUUAAACCAAAGUAAUCUAGUACAUAAAAACCCAAUCAAUAACCAAAAUUCUAAGAAGAAAAUUAAAGUUAAUUAUGAACCCUGAUGAGGCACCCCCGUCUAAAGAUGAAGCACCCCAAUCCAAAGAUGAGGCACCACCGACUAAAGACGAAGCACCCGAGUCAAAAGACGAGGCACCCACGGCUAAAGACGAAGCACCCGAGUCAAAAGACGAGGCACCCCAACCCAAAGACGAGGCAGCCCCAAUCCCAUCUGACGAGGCACCCCCGUCUCAAGAAAUAACGUACAUGGAUCAUGUUAUGUCUCGUCAUGAACAGAAAGGAUGCGCAUAUGCAGCUUUGUUUGCAUUGUGUUGCUGUUUCUGCUGCUACGGAACCUGCGAAUGCUGCCUCGGUAUCCUCUGUUGUUGCUGCUAAGCAGAAGCUAUCGAGCUAGUUUCAUAAAGAAACUAUGUCUAUGCACUUUGCUGUAUAUUACAAUUCUAUGUCAUUGUAUAAUGUUUUUGUAUUAAUUUGGAAGUUUGUAUCAUAUUGUGCCUCUUUAUUUAUUACAUUUAUGUAAUUGAUUCGGUGUUUCGACAAAUACUCCAUAAUCAAGUGGUUAUUCAACCGAACUUAUGAGUUCA